AUGUCUCUUGAUCGUCAGAUAUCAGAGCUAACAAGCGUUGUCCAAUCUAGCAGAGAUGGCAUUGAUGAUACCACCCGGUUCAAGGCCAUCAAAGCCGCGCAGGGAUUACUGGCAGCCUUGGGCUCUCCAGCCGAGACAGUCAUUCAGGAUGUCGUUCUGAAUUCAGUCCUUCUCAUGGCACUUCGUAUGGGUGUCCAGCUCGAUGUUUUCAAGACCGUCAGAGACAGUCAAAGUCAUGCAACGACCACACAGCAGAUUGCCGGUAAAUCCGGCGCAAGUGUGGUUCUCGUGGACCAAAUCAUGAGGCUGCUCGCAGCUUCUGGCUAUGUUUUGGAAGAUGAUGUCCAGUCAUACAAACCAUCGCCACUCACAAUGGUAAUGGCUGAGCCUACCUUCGAAGCCACAACUCGAGCAUGCUUCGAUAUUGGCAACUUCUGUACCACAAGAGCCCCGGAAUUCUUCCGCAACAAUAGCAACCAGUUCCCCAAAUCCGCCAAAGACACACCUUUCCAGCUCGCAAUGAACACGGAGUUCAGUUAUUUCGAAUGGCUUGGUCACAAUCCCGAGCUGGCAAAGGACUUCCAACAAUGGAUGACCCUGAAGCAGCAAACAACACCAAACUGGGCCGACUGGUUCGACAUCAAACACUCUAUCACCGACGGUUUCAAUGACUCAGCUAACAACGUCCUCCUCGUUGAUAUCGGAGGAGGCGAGGGCCAUUACCUGCAUGCAUUGAACGAGAAAGUCCCCUCUCUCCCCGGACGUCUAGUUCUGCAAGACCUGCCACACGUUGUAUCAAGUAUUAAGAAUCCUCCGAAAGGAACCGACUUGAUGCCUCAUGACUUCUUCACUCCGCAGCCGGUGAAAGGUGCUCGAGCAUAUUAUCUGCACUGGAUCCUUCACGACUGGGCCGAUGAGCAAGCCCGUCAUAUCCUCACCAAUAUCGUCGAAGCUAUGGAACCUGGCUAUUCCCGCCUCAUUAUCAAUGAGUAUAUCAUCCCUGAUAGACAAUGUGAUUUUCCCACUGCGUGCAUGAGUAUCAUGAUGAUGAUUCAGGUUGGCGCGUUCGAGCGUUCUGAGAAGCAAUGGCGUGAGUUGCUCAACUCUGUCGGCCUGGAAAAGAUCGUUUUCCAUCAGCCGCCUAGUGGUGGCGAAGGUAUUAUUGAGGCUAUCAAAAGUCCUAAUUGA